GUCCGACUCUGACCUUGCUUGCAGAAUGUGGGUCACAUCGUCAUAUAUAACUAAUGGCAAAAUUAGAUCACUGACCAGAUGUGACAACGCUUUAGAACAAGAUGCAUAUACGAAUUCUGACUAGGAGGGUAUUUACCCCUCUACAAUUAUUUGUUGUAAUUUUUAUCGUAUUUGACGCUAACGCCAAACCAGCGGCGUUGAACGUGAAUGACGAGAAUUUACUGGACAACGGGCAAACUCUGCGCGCUGCUAAAUUAACGAAGCUGGGAGAUGGCGUUUAUAAAUGCAACCAUCAUCAUCAACCUGACAAACAUUACCAGCAGACUGACGAUUACCAUCAUCACCGAAAAAGACGCUUCACCGCCUCGCCAUUUAAAUUUAACACGAUGGUCGUCUUAUGGCAUGUGACAAAUUUCUCUUCGAAAUUACCACAAGAUGUACAGCUUAACGUGUUCACAGAAGCUUUCAACAAAUGGGACGUCGUGUCAAGAUUGAAAUUCUCUUACACAGCGAAUGCAAAUGCAGCUCACAUAAAAAUCAAAUUCUUGCAAAAUGAUGGACCUGGGGGCACACUGGCACACGCUUUUGAUCCACAUUCAAGUAAUGGUUCUCCUGGUCAAAUUCACUUUGAUGAGGAUGAAAAUUGGGUGACAACAACAACAGGCGGAGUUAAUUUGAAAGCGCUGGCUUUGCAUGAGAUUGGCCACGCCAUUGGUAUUAAACACUCUGACGUCGACCCGUCUAUAAUGAAAGAUGUUAUUUCAAACGAUGGCACUGAAUUGUUUGAUGAUGAUAUCGCUGCAAUACGUUGGAUGUAUGGUAAAUGUGAGGUGCGCGAUCUCACAGCAGUCUUGCACGAUAGAUAUGGGGCCUCAAGCGACACUGUCCUCGUGAUAAACAAAGACAAAAUCUGGCGAAUCAGAGUAAAUGGUGGUGAAAUUGAAAACGAGGAAAACGAAAAAUGGCCAAAAGACGUUAGAGACUUCUACAGGGCUACAGAUCCGAUGUACGACAAGGUUUUCCCACUUAGAGGUGCUAUGUACAUUCAACAUGAUAACGACGUAUACCUCUUUGGACAAAAGCAUUUCAUUCGCAAGAAGACGUGGAAUAACGAUCAAAUGACAGACGGUCGUUUCUACGAUUUCAAAGAUCUUUUGAAAUAUGAAGACACAUGGGAUGGUUCGAUUAUUUCAUACGUUGAAGGUCCAUUAUCUUAUAACAAAAGCAAUAAUUUACACACACCUGAUAUGUAUAAGAAAUUUCUACAAAAUAAUGCGAAGUUUGGAGCAUCAUUUGAGACGGACUGUUGCUUCUGGCAACAUUUCUUUUUAAAUGGAAUGCACUACAAGAUAUCGUCACACGAUUUCAGUCUACUGACCAGUGAAGAUAUGAGUGUGAAUUUCUCGGGAGCGCCGCGCGAUCCUGAUGCAUCAUGGUACGACAGUGUGAAUAACGAGUGGUAUUUCUUCAAAGCAGACAAAUAUUACAGAAAAGACAACAGUACAGGACUGUACACGGAUAGAGGUCCUAUCAGUCUACUGUGGUUCCCGGUUUGCGAUUGAUUAAGAAACGGACCUCUAAAUAAUUUUUAAAUAGACAUAUAUAACGACGGCUUAUUGAACCUUUUGCCUUUUUUGACAAAAAUGUUAAUAUUUAGUUUUUAACGUAAACCCAGCCAUGUUCCUACAUUGGUGAGAUCGAUAACAGAUUCAUGACUUGGGCAAAAUGUUUAGUAAGUUGAGAUUUAGGCUUAUGCAGGGUAUCAUGAUUGUCCGUGCAUAUAUAGCGUGGUAAUCUUGUGCAGUAAUAUUCAUAUGACAAUUAACAAUAUGUUGAGUCGUGAGCGUUGGUCUCGAUUCAGAGUGUAUUUUAGUCAAUGUCAAUCAAUGACAAAUCAGUGUUACUGUACCCUGCUUGCUAGAGAUACGAGAUCUCACUCUGUAUUUAUAGUAAAUAGGAACAAGAAUGUAUUUAGGGAACACACAAUAACAUCAUCUAGCGAACAGGUACGGUAUUUCUGGCGCACUGUGCAUGGGUAACUCUUUUAAAGAAAAGGCAGAAUAUAUCCCACUACUUUAAGAAGUUCAUUAGCCGCAAAAUUCUGACAUGUAUCGACGAGGCAUUUUUUGCUGAAAUAAGUUUUUGUGAAGAUAAAGGUGUUUUGAAACAAACUUUCACGUUUUAAGAUAAUUUGAAAACAUGGUCAUGUAUGCCAGGAUGGAUAAAAAAUACA